AUGCCUCCCAAGAAAGCAACCGGCGCGACCAAGAAGGCCACUCCCGCCGCUCACGCCUCCUACCGUGAUAUGAUCAAGGAUGCUAUUGUCAACCUGAAGGAACGCAAUGGUAGCAGUCGCCAGGCUAUCAAGAAGUACGUCUCUUCGAACAACAAGAUCAACGUCGCUUCUCAAGCCACCUUCGAUGCUCAGUUCAACAAGGCCAUCAAGGCCGGUGUUGAGAAGGGCGAGUUCACUCAGCCCAAGGGACCCUCUGGCCCUCUGAAGCUGGCCAAGAAGGAGCCCGCUGCGAAGCCCGCCGCUAAGGCUGCUAAGCCCGGUCCUAAGCCCAAGACUGCCGCCAAGAAGACUGCCACCAAGGCCACCACCACCAAGAAGGCUGCUGCCCCUAAGAAGGCUGCCGCUAAGCCCGGCCCCAAGACUGCUGCUGUCAAGAAGACCACCACUGCCAAGAAGCCCGCCGGCCGCCCCAAGGCCAACUCUGGCAAGGCUCGCAAGACUGCCACUGCUGCCCCCGCCGUCGUCGAGCAGCCCAAGGUCAUCGGCAAGACCAAGUCUGGACGCGUCACCAAGACGACCGCUCCUCCGGCCAAGACCGCCGCGAAGAAGAAGGCUACUCCCAAGAAAUAG